CUUCGCCGCCAUGCGGAGAACGAGGUGCCGGAAGCACUUACGUAUUUGGGAGAUGCAUACCGCGGCGGUUGGUGCGGCCUCGUCAAAAGCGAUAAGAAGGCCGCGAAAAUUUACAAGCGCGCCGUGGAGCUAGGCGACGUGGGCGCGAUGUCGAGCCUUGCGCUGGGGUACAUGAAGGGCGAGGGCGUCAGGCUGGAUAAGAAGAAGGCGAUGCAGCUGUUUCGCAUGGCCGCGGACCGCGGCGACGCGACGGCGCAGCACAACCUGGCAAUUGCUCUUGACGAGGAUGGGUGGACGGGACCGCUUGGGACAUGGGAGGCUGCGACAAAGUGCAGCACUGAGGCUUUCCAAAUGUACGAACGUGCCGCGGAACAAGGUUUCAUGGACGCAAUGUUCAAUUACGCAGUCUGCUACCUUCAUGGAGCCGGUGUAGAACAAGACAUAUCCAAGGGCUUGCUCUUGUUCGAGCGUCUGGCCGCCAAGGGC